AGGCCUAAUCACAGAUUUUACCUCCUAGAGUUCUGUAUCUGGUGGUGUAUAUGGAAUCAUUUACAGCAUUGACUUGUUCUUGGAGCACACGUGGACAGAUGCAGACUGGCAAACCACUAAGUAUACUGUCAUCAAAUCCAUCACUACACCUUUCAUGCCACAAAUACCAACUGUUAUCAACAAUACUCUGCCAGAGGAAAAGAUAUUUAAUGUUGCAUUUGGACACUUUCUUCCUGAUGUCUCUCUGGUGGCAAUAACAAUAGGAAAUGUGCCAUUUACCCUUAGAGAAGCACAGCACCAAGGGUAUAAGAUUUAUGAAACUCCUUUUUCUAAUGGAACGAAAGAAUUUAUCUUGGAAGUCUCCUUUGAUGAUCCAUACGUUCUAAAGGAGUAUGUGAAUAGAAAUGAAACGAAAUAUACCCUUCUUGUUAACUACACUAUAAGCGUGGGUCCAGAGAUGAUACCCUAUUAUCAUUCUGCAGAGGUGGAAUGCAUGAUUGCUGAUAUUGAAAUACCAGAAGCAGUUGGUUACUGUGAUGAAGAAAACCUCUACCUUAUCAUUCCUGGUUUUGGCCUGCACCAGUACUGGAACUUGUACCUUGGUACCAAGCUUCUGAACAGGCACACUGCACAUACAAAUGGGUACCUCACAGCUACCAAUGCUACUCAUCUGAUCCUGCAAAUACCUUUGUUUGCUGUGGGAGUCAUCUAUGAGGAAGUGUCCUUCCAGAAAAUUAAAGCAAGGUUUGAUGUUGCCUUAAGGAAAGUGAGAACCAUGGAGACCUUGCAGACAUUCUCCGUUAGCUGCAAUUUUAAUUCCCCAGCAUUUAUAUUAUGCUACCCAGAUGGUACUGUAAUUAUAUCUGCCCAAAUGAAGACAGUUCCUGGCAUUGAUAUGAGUAGAACCCAACUAAGGGAUAGCUCAUGCAAGCCCAAAGAGUAUAACAAAGAACAUGCCUUCUUCAAGUUCCACGUCACCACCUGUGGCACUUCAGUUAGGUUUGAAGGUGAUCACAUUGUUUAUGAAAAUGAAAUCUCUUAUGAGAAAGAGAUUCUUCCAGGACAAAGCCAGCCGACAAUCACAAGAGAUCCAGACUACAGUUUAACAGUCUUGUGCUACUAUCGAACAAAAGAGACAGUGAUGCUAGGUGCCUUCAUUAGCAAGCCUUCUGCAUCACAUCCCUCUGGCUCUGGUACAAUAGUGCCAAGGUCAAAUUCUGCAGUACACAGAAGGAUAAGACAAGCUCUGAAUGUAGUUUCAAGAGUGUCCAAAAGUGCAUCUUUCGUGGAUUUCUACGAGCCCAAUGUGGCAAUACUCAAGCGACCCACAGAGUCUGUGUUUCUCGAGGUGGAGCUGAAAGAUGAGAGCCCUGAUGCUGAGUUAUACCUGGAUAACUGUUGGGUAACAGGGUCUCUAGAUUUCAACAGCACCCCAAGGUGGAACAUCACUGUGGAUGGGCAAGUAGUAACUGAAUGACCAAUGUGUUCAUCAGAGGAACUAUGAUUUCUUCUAGAUCUUUUGAUCUGUUCUCUCAAAUAGGUGUGAGAUUAAUGGCAGUGAGUAUGUUGCAGAGUUCUGCUCAGUAGCUGCUAGCUCUAGAGUGAGACACCCUUCUCAUUUCAAAAGGCUGGCAGUAAGGACCCUGACACAUCGACUGAAACAGGUAAAGUUAAGUAAAAGGCUCAUCCACCAUUCAUGGACCCAAUCUGGAGUACUUCUUAAGAUCAAUUAAAAACCCAGCCAAUUUAAAUAUCUCACAGAAUUAAAACCUAUCCAGCAUCCAGCCCAAGUAGCCUGACUGGUGUAUAGAUUUAAUUUAGUUCUCUUCUCAAAUCCCCUCUGUAACAUGAUUCCAGUGACUUGAAAUUGGACAGUCUGGAGUAAACAGUGAAGUUUGGUAUGUAAAUAUGAUUUUUAUAUGGUGUUCUUGAGAUUUUAUAGGGACAUAUUCGCAGCACUUCAACUGAAAAUGUCUAGAACAGAAAAUUCAACUUUUGCACCAUAACAUGCAACAAGAAUUUGACCCUGUCAUCUCUCACCUGCCAGUCAGACAUCCCCUCAGAAGCCAGCUCAGUAGGCAGGGAAGCAGAGGAAUGUGUGUCUGGCCUUACAUUUUGGAGAAUCUGUUUUCCUUCAACAUUGUAAGAAGAGCAAAGAAAACCCAGGACAGUCAAUUGGGAGUGCAUUGCUCCUCGGGUACCCAAUUGAGUGGAUUCUAGCUCAAGUCAUGGCAGCACCACUGUCUAGGCAGCUUAAGCACAUAAUUUUUUUACUUGGCCUUUUUUGAGCUGUUCAACUUGUGAACUUGCUAGAAAUGAACAUGAUGCAAUUCUGGCAUGUGCUACUUCCUAAACGGGCAGCUGCAUCUAGCGCAAGAUUGAGUUUCUGUCUAGCUUUAAUACUCAGCCUCACUGAGGCUCAUGAGGUUUUCACUUCUCUCGUCUCAGCCUCUCAGUUACCAAACUGCCUGAGGGCUUCUUUGACACCAAAUUUGAAAUUCAAAGCAGGUUCAGCUAGAAGGUGUCAUAUGCAAGUGUUCAGACAAACCUGAGUCUAAUCAACUAUAACUUCUGCAAAAGGAGAACAAAAGGCAUAACAAUGCUCUGCAAGAGAGAUCUCAUGUGGAC